GGUCUUGCACUAUGGACCGUUGGAUCAGGAGCGGAUUCCCAUUAGAAGGCGUCCUGACCCUUCGAUUGCCAUAUAAAAGGAAGCGGGCGCCUUCCCCACGUUCCUCUUCUUGAUAGUUCUCGCACUCUGUUCUACCGUCACUACCUCCGCCUUCUUCUCGCCAUGCCUCCGACUCCGAGCGUUCGCUGCGACUCCCCUUCCUUCAAGAUUGGCCUUGCCCUCGCUCUCAUCCGCUUCAACAAGAUUCACCGUCCUUCUCCCUCCUCCUCCUCCGACGCCCAGCGCUGGAAGCGGAAGGCCAAGGACAGGAAGCUCGAGAUCCUUGGGCUCCGGGAAGAGCUCAAGCAACUUGAGGAUGGGAGAACGUGUGAAGCCGAUCUACCAAUUGCAUCAUGCCGGUGCCAUUUCUUUGAUGGGAUCGGUGAGUUGGGAGGAGAUGGUUCGGGACGCGGUGAUGGAGGUCAUUGGAUCGAUGAGGUCCUGAGGAGGAGAUUCCUGAGGCUGGUUCGCUGGAAGGAAAGGAGGAAGAAAGUGGACCGACCUCUGAAUCAAAAGCAUUUCCUAUCAUUUGGCAGUGAAAAUGAGAUAGAGCAGCUGGGUACAUCAGUAGAUUUCUUGGUGGAGUUUACAGAUAAUAUCCUAGUGAAAGGGGAAAUUGGCCCUUCUUUUGCUACUUUUUCUCAUCAAGCUAUAGAUUUCAUUUUAGCCUCAUUAAAGAAUUUACUAUCAUCACAAAAGGAUAUCGAGCUCAUUGAAGAUAUUGUCAAUGGGUUGAUUAUGCGUCUAAUCAGAAGAAUGUGUGCCAUCCCUGAAAAUGAUGUAUCAGGCUCAGUGAAUUCUGAUUCAGAUCCUCAAUUUUGUGUUCAACACCUAAUUCGCAAGCUAGGAAAUGAGCCAUUUGUUGGUCAAAGAAUUCUCCUUUCAGUCUCCCAGAAGACUUCAGUAGUGAUUGAUAGCUUACUUCUCAUGGAUCCGUUUGAUGAUUCAUUUCCUUGCCUUCAUGGAAACAUGUUUAUGAUGAUUGAACUUAUGGAGUUUCUGAUAUCAGAUUAUGUCAGAAGCUGGAUAAGCAUUGAAGAUUUUGACGCAAGGCUUCUCGAAGAGUGGGUGAGAUCGGUUAUACAAGCGCGCAAGGUUUCAGAACUCUUGGAGUCUAGGAAUGGGUUAUACACGCUUUAUAUGGAACGUGUUGUUGGGGAACUGGCAAAGAUACUCUCUCCACUUGCCAGCCAAGGGAAGCUGGAUGUGGACAUCCUAUCUUACAUGUGCGGCUGACAAAUUGGUUGUACUGUUGAUUCCAAAUUUAGUUACUAAAGAUCUUUGCAUUUGAAAGCAGAAUGGUGAUCACAACUUUUUAAAGCAUGGAUAAGGUGCAUUAGUUCUUUUUGGCAUUGGUGCUUUUCCUACAAGUCUGCAGUAUUAAUUUCAGGGAAACUACCAGAAGGAAAUUUGCCUGUGAUUUCUUUGCUCAUCAUCAGUCCUGAUUUCUUGUUUGCUCUAUAUAACCUGCAUUACGAUCAGAUAAACAUUUGUUGUUCUGUCAAUUAUCUUUUAUCUGUCACCUUGUGGAGGAUUUAAUUUGUGCUAUGGCAUCUCGAGAUCAAGGAUAACUGUAUACUGGUUGCUUGGGAGAUACUUGAGAAUAACUGGUACAUAGCAGUCAGAUGCAGCAUGGUCCUCGCUCAGACCGGUACAAGCCAGACAAUGAUGACUCGGCGAGGAAAUCUAUGCUUGACAUAACUUCCUUUCUAAUAUCCACAAUUAGUCAUUGCUUCUUUAGUGUUUUCUUAGUAGUUGUAAUCAAAUGCCUGAUUCUUUGUGAGGAGCUUAUGUUUUAGAUGGUACCAAGAGCCUUUAAUCAUCAACCUUAGCAUUAAAGUACUAUUAUUAGCUUACUUACCCUGACCUGGAUUUUGAUAACUCUUACCUGAUAACUAGUCAUUACUUUGGACAGAUCAUACAAUCUUACUGAAUUGUUUCUGUUAUCAUCAUUUUCUAAUAGCUGGAUCUGUUCUCAAAAGAUCAUUUUUUCUAAUGUGAUGAUAAAUUUAUGCUUAAUACGUAUCUCUUCCUUAUAGUAAUGAAAUUUCUUUCCAUCUUACUUGUUUUAUCCUGUAGUCAUCCAUCACAUGGUGGAACCUACUUUUCAUGCAGCGUGUGGCUAUGAACCAGUACCUACUAUUGCAGCUAAGAUGUAAGAGCAAUGCCAUACCUUUCGGUGUGAUCGAACAAUUCCAAGGAACCUUUAGGCAAAUUUCGGCAGUAAGAUAAGUAUCGAUCCGAGGAAGUCGAGACAUACAAAUCAAGUCUAGUGUUAUGUGAUUGCACCAACCGCUCGAAUCAACACAAAUCAAGUCUACAACGUGGCACCCAUGUGAAGAAUUCUAACCGUGAUGGCCGAUUGACUGUCCACCGACAUGCAGAAGGACCAGCGACAGGCUUUCAUUUUCCGGUGUUCUUUCCUUUCUGUUGACGCAAUUGAGCUGCCGACCAACUUAUUUCUGUUUCAGAGUUCAUGCUUCACCGACUCUUUUUUUGACUCCCAGGGAAAGAGAUCAAUUCUGACGCUGUUGCUUGUGAACGAGUUUUAGAAUAUCCAUUACAAGAUUGGUACGUUCUUUCUUACUAUGAAUGAAGCAGGCAUAAAUCAAAAUGUUUAGCUUGUGCAUUGUUUGCCCCCACUUUAUACCGAGCCCUUUUUUUACGCCAUGAGGGCCAUGCCAUCUACAUGCUUGGUCUGACGCAAUGAACCCAAUUCCCUUCUUUUGUGAGUGCUGGUCCUCGGAUUGGGUUGGCAAGCAGCCUGCGAGCACGUAACUUGGUUCUCAGAGGUUAGUCCUUAAAUUCCCCUCAGCUUCCCCUUCAUCUUCCCACAUGAUCGUUUCCGUCCGAUCAACUACCGCGAUGAAGCCUAAUCUCCUCUUAUAUUUUCUCCUCCUUUGUUUCCUCCGAGCCAAGUGGAGCUUAGCCACCAGUGCCAGCCAUGCUGCAGAGGACCGAGUUCAGCAGCCGCCACAACUCCGACGACACCAACCAGUUCGAGGCCUGAAUGCGACUGUGAGGCUGUCUGGUGAUGGUGAUUCCGGAAGGGAAAACAUGCAGUUCGAUACUGUGAAAUCGAGUAAGUACUCGAAGAAAGGCGGCUUUGGAGGCAGAGGGAGGAUUAUUGGCGCCGGCUCGCAGUCGCUCCGUCAACCUCAUCAUAGUCGGAGCAGCUCGCCAUCGACGCUACAGCCGCGCUCUUCUCUAUCGCCCCUUCCCCUCGUCCUUUUUGCCUUGCUUUAACUGCGGCGACUUCUCUAUCGUUAGCGAUGAAAUAAUUGCCGUGGACCUUCAAACAUUGUACUACGUAAGCAUUGUAUGAACUCAUCUAAUCUAUAACUAUGACACCAGUCAUGAUGCUUCAUGCUACCAUUAGAAUAAGAUAGAUAGCCUUCCUUCUUUGAUUUA